CUGUGAGGCAGUCGGCUUUGAUCAGCGGGAAAUGUGGCACAUGUAUUUCCCCUCCAUGAUUGAUGGUUUGAAGUUUCAAGUGACAUACAUGCCAAAGGAUCCUUGUGCAACAUGGUUUACCCUUCUGAGGAUAUUACAAGGACAAGGUAGGUGGUGCUAGACCACUUGCUGUAUGGAAUCUUCUAUAAAAUGGGGGAAGAGGAAGGACUACAUCAAACACCAUUAUUGGACACAAUGUUUGUACGUGGACUGAAGAGGAAAUGUAUUGAUGGUGAGGAUGAUAUCGAAGGAAGUUUUACUGGCUUUAAAGCUAUUCCUUCGUAUAACCUUCAGCGUCAGUCACUGCUAGACAUGUCUUUGGUAAAACUUCAGCUCUGCCACAUGCUUGUUGAACCUAAUCUGUAUCGUUCAGUGCUUAUAGCCAACACAGUACGGCAGAUCCAAGAAGAAAUGACCCAAGAUGGAAGUUGGCAGAUGAUAAGUCCUCAGAGUACAGGACCAGCCUCUCUGGACCGUCUUGUUUCAACAGACAUUCUCUGUCGUUCCUCCAAAGAGCAAACUGAAGAAAAGCUUGCUCAAGAGUAUAGUGGUUUCUCAAAAAAUUUUGAGGACACACAGUCACAAGAGAAUGUAGACAUCUUAAGGCCUGCUGUACUACAAGCACCCAGAAACUUGCAGGGAAACAUGUGGGAAAUGGAUAGCAUUCCAGAAAAUAGAGGAAACUUCCAUAAGUCGUCAUUAGAUCAAAUAUUUGAAACCUUAGAAACUAAAACUGACGCUGUUGAAGAUCUUUUUUCAGAAGUUGACAGUUCUUAUUACAAUCUUGAUACUGUAUUAACAGGAAUGAUGGGCAAUACAAAAAUGGGACACUGUGAUGUUCUUGAAACUUUUCCUCAAGGAGGCACAAAUUCUAAUUCUAACUGUAAGUCUGAUCUUAAUGAGCUUGAUCAUUUUGUGGAGAUUCUGGUUGAAUCUUGAGACUAAGGGUAAAGGAAAAUCCUUUGAAGAAGCUAGGUCUUAAACAGCAAAACGUCCAGAUAUUUUGCUGUCUUAAAGCUGGACAUGAUCUCCCCCCACCCUGAUUCACAUCAUUUUGCAAAAUUGAGUUAAUUUAUAAAAUUAACCAGCAAUUUGUAGCGUUCAGCCUUGUAAGGAUAUAUUUUUAGUGGCCACAAUUCAGAGAUAGUCAAAAGUAUACAUUUAAGUUGCUGAGAGCCCAGUAAACUGGUGUCCCAAAUUGCUUUGGAAAUUCCCUAAUGUUCAGUAGGAGACUGACAUGUCAAAAGAUCUCUGGGUUUAAUUGUGUACUCCUCAGUACUCUGGCUGUGCAUUUUUCUACUUUUGAGGCCUAAGUCUUACCAGGUAACCCUUCUAGCAUUAAGGGACAUAAAAUAGUGUAUCAGGAUUCCCUCUUUCUUGCCUAUCUCAUAUCUGCCUGCAGAGUGCAACUGUUAAAGACACUCCAGUCCCUAGAAUACAACAGAUGAAGUCAAAACCCAUACUGUCUAGUGCAGGUAUGGGCAACCCCUAGGCUUCCUGCAGCCUACCAGAAUCCUGAUACUGUACCACUGAAAUUCAGCAGCAAUUUGAGUGCAUUAUUUCCCAGAAGUAUCUUAUCUUUAACCACCCCCAAAGGAAAAGGUAGGGCUGAUAAUUUUAGUGCACCCCUUCUAGUGAUGUCACUUUAGUCAAGGGACUAAAUUGCUGCCUCUAGCCCAACAAGUUAUUCAUCCCUGGCCUAAGUUGAGAAAGUUUUAGCUACUCCUGGCAUUAGUGUCUGCUGUUUUAUUGGUUGGUUUUAUGGAAUUAAUUUGGUAUGAAGACCAAAGGCUUGGUUUUUCCCUCCUUAAUGUCACAUAAAUACUUACUGAUAUGUUCUGUACGUUUAUUAACCACAUGAGCUCUUGAAGAACUGUAAAGCAGCAAUUCCCAUUAUCUUAACUAGCCUUUUCUGUCCUUUUUUCCUUUUUAAAUUUAUAGCUUUUUUUAAAGUGUUUAUCAGUGUUCAGAACCUUAUAGCUAUUUUCUGAAGAUAUAUUUUUGCUAUGAAUCCUCUCUCAAAACUGCUUAUUUAAUAUCUUGAAAUAUUUGCAGUUGUAUUUUUUUAAUCAUUUUGAAAAAGGGACUUUUCUCCCUUACCACUGACCUCCCCUGCAUAGUGCAGUAGAAGUGUGUGUAACUGAAACUACAAGCGGAGCUGUUAUCAGCAUUCAGCCUUGAAGUAGAGUGUUAGGGGUCAAGUUAUUCUUGACACCUAAACAUCAGAGGAAGAGCUUCCUUCAGGCUUCAGGAACUCUUGAAUGCAUUUAAACUUCAGUUCAAGCCAUGUUUUUGUUACCUUCAAGCAUAAAUUAUAUGGGUUUUAUUUAUAAGUAUUUAUAUGAUUAUGCCAUCAAACGAAUUAUUGGCUGAAGUUUACCAUUCUACUUUUAUAUUUAGGGGAAGACACCCCUUUCUUGCACUAAUUACUAACCAACUGUUACAGAGGCCUUUUGAAAGUUCUCCAAACUUAAAUUGCUCUAUUUGCCAACCUGUAAAUGUGCAUUCAUAUGAGUCAUUAUUAACAGAUGUUAUCUCAGCAAAUUAGUGUUUAAAAUGCAUUCACAUGCAUGUAAUUAUCUCCUAAAAAUUCUGGUGCAUACCAUUUACAAUAAAUUGCCCAAUUUUUUUCCUUGUUAACUGGAGAUACAAGUAAAACAACUGCAAGGUGAGAAAGAAAAAGACUUAACAAUUCUUUUGAGAAAGACAAACAUUUGCUUCAAUAUAACUUAAUACUAUUUCCAUCUCCUGACAGGCAAUUUUAGCUAUUUUGCAUCUGUUCCCUGUGAUCAAAAUUGGAUUGGUUGCUUGUUUAAAAUAAAUUCUUUAAAAAUGAUUUCUCUGGUGGUGAAACUGAUGUUAGACACAGAUCUCAAAAUACUGGACGCAUCUCCCAGUAGAAGAUCAUAGACAGAGUGUAUCUUUAUGUAAAGGAAAUUAACCCAAACUCUUUAAACCAGUAAGGGUGUACAUCAUGCACAUUCAUAGCAACUGCUCUAAGCAUAAAGAUCCAUGUCUUCUAUGUGUAUCAUUAAAUGUAUUUGUCUUGGUUUAGGUUGGAACUUAAGACCAUUUUGCAUGAUUAUCCCUUCCUGAGAUUUAAUGGGGCAGCUUACAAGAAAGUAGCUUCAUGACUGUGGCCUUAAUAAUUUAAGUGCUUUUGAAACAGCUAAUUUGAAAAUAGCACUGUAUGUUUUUUAAUCUUGGCAAGUACUGUCUAAUUCUGUAAUUCAGUUUUGUGCCAGACCACACAAUUUGUAAGGAGAUCUUUCUUAAACAUUUGGAAGUGAUUAAUAUCUUUUUAUAUUAAAGUUGAAUAUGAAAUGAC